AUGCCAAGAAAGAUGGAUGCCGAUUCUGACUCGGAGGCUCCCGAUGAGCUCACGGCCGAGCAGGUCCGUCCGUUGUCUCACCUUCCUCUUCCUCGUUAUUGACAAUCUUUGCGCUGCAUCUCAUGUAAGGAGGAACUGAUGCUAGUCGUCAUUUUUUCCCCCCAAGUAAUAGAAGUAGAGUGUGAUUCAUUCUCUGGGGUGUUCUUUGUACUCGAGUCGCAUUUUUUAUGUAUUUGUUGUCCGUUCUGUAAAUGUGUCGGGGAGGCUAGCCAUGGGGGUUUGAUGGUUUUUUGUUUUAUUUAUUUGUGAUUCACAGGCCAUCAAACAGGAUCAUGAAAUUAGGAAACUACAGAUAGAAAGUAAAACAAGGUAUUUUUCUAAUUUCUGGUGUAUGCUCAUCUAUAUUUCUGUCUAGUAUCUACUUUUAUAUCUUUAGCUUCUGAAAAUGGUGUUCUAGAUAUUAUGAGGAAUACAGUGAAGGAGGAUUUAUUUCCAUUAUUGUAUCUGAUCUGUGGUUGCGUAAUAUGGCAUUACUGUUCUGAUUGAUGUUGAACACCUUGGCUUUUGGUCGACGCGUUUCAUAGAGGGUCUGUAUGAUUUCGACUAUAAGAAAUUUGGUCAUUUUCUAUCGCAGUUUCACUGGACUUACCCCACAUUAUGUCGGGGAUAAUACAUCCCAUUAUUUAGCUGGGGAUGUCGGUGCAGAGAGAAGCAGCUUACUUGUAAGCUGCGAAAUUCGCUCUAAACUCCAGUGAAAUGUGCCGAGUAUUUCCGUCCGCUCGUUCGUUGAAAAGGAAGUAACAUGGGAUCAUUCGUUAGUUGAAAAGGAGUCACAGUUAGGUAAAAUCCGUACUUGCCUUACUUGCAGAUUGAACCUAAGACAUGGGAUGGUCAGAACACCGUAUCAAAGUGGAUAUAUAUUUAUCUCUUACUGCAGUCUCCUUGAUAUCUAACAGAGUAUCAGAGGAAGCUUAAUCAACCUGCUGACUAUGUGUCGCUUCUAAUCACCUAAAUAAUAACUGAGUCAAAUUUUAUGUUACAGAUGAGGUUGCGAAGGCCACUAACGCAACAAAGAUGGACUGCUUUUGAGGCAGCACUUAGGACUUGCCUCGAUUACUGUCUUCACUGAUAUCCUGUUGAAGAAAGAUUGACUCACAUCCUUCGCAGGAAAAAACAUAAUUCCAUGAUAAAGAAACUGGAAAAAUUUUAUAAAAAAUUGACGUUUUAGAUGACCAGAUAAUGGGAUUUUUUUAUUUAUUAACGCAGAAUGAAUUCUCGACAUCAGGCCAAAUAGUGUCUCAAUGUUAUGUCUGUUGGUUGAUGGUGGAUUUGUCAUCUGGUUUUAUUUUCUGUAGGUUCUUUUGUCUGUUGUCAUUCUUUUUUCCUAGCUCCUUUUUGGAGCAUCCAGAGCGAAUGUUCAGUUCUCAUUUUUCUUUCAAUUUUUUCCUCUUUUAAUGAAAAAUCAGCCUUGAACAGUAAGAAAUUAGAAAUAAAUUGAAAAGUAAUGGAUUAGUGAAGGUGGUUGCAUGACAUGUGAAAGUGGCAUUAUGAUGAAAAAUCUUCAUAUUGUGAAGGCACGCUCAGAAUCAACCAACGUUAUGGGUUGGUCUUUUCAAAAGGCUGAUUGGUAGGCAGUGGAAGAGAGGAGCCGCAAGUUCAUCGGAUGCCCUGCUGCUUUGGACAAAUACAAUGCUUGCAAAAGCGCAGUUUGUUAAAACCAGCGAUUCACUAAUGCAAAAGGCAUUAUUAUGACAUUUAGCCAGAGAUGAGGGUUGGUGUUCCACCAGUCACUUAUGAGAUAAAUGUCGAAGUAUAGUUGAAGAUAGUUGUAAAUUAAGAAAAUAUUGAUUAAAUAGUUUAAAAUUAAUUCUGUGCAGUUGCGUGUUAUAAAUAAAAUAUCUCAUGUUAUUUUUGGAAUUAUGUAUGCAUAUUUAUUUUUUAUUUUAAAUUAUAUUACACUUCUCUGUUAUUAUAUAUGCGAUCAAUGUGAGCAGGCAGUGGGGUGUGGUCUUCGUUACCUUAUAAAUCUCCACGUGAAGUUUACACUGCAAAAUUGUUCAUGAUGUUGGAAAUUAGCCAAUUCGAAUCGAGAUCUGUUACCUUGGAUCAGACAUUGUAGCAUUCAAUUAACUUUCAGUGCGAGAACUCCAAUCCUUCCCCUAGCACACACACACACAAGCUCCUUGUUUCAAUUCUCCAAGUCAGGUUGAGCCUCUCAGAAGGUUUCUUUCUCUUUUUAGAAUCAAAGGUAGAACCAUGGAAGUAUUGGGCUGCCUCAUUAAAUGAGAGGGUUGUAGCGUGAAAAGCAGUUGGAACUAGGUCCUGAAAAAUUGUGUAUUCCACUUUGUAUUGGCUGUUUGUUGUGGAAUCAACAGAAAUCAAUCUGGUUUCAAAGAGUGAAUAUACAUCCUUCCUGAAAGGAAAAAAGACACAAGAAAUCCGCAUUAAAUAUCAGAUCCCACCUAGAUUGAUGGCAAAUACAAAUUCAGAAAAAAAAUGCAUUUUUUUAGCUUCGCAAAGUUUUUUAUCCAGUUAUUUCUUCUUUUAUAAUGUUUUUUAAUGAAAAAUUCAGAUCCCCAUUGGAUUAAAAAUUUAUUUGAAAAGUAUGAGGAGCUAUCAUAACCUAUUUAUGAGAGAAAAUUUUCAUGGGUUGGUGUAUUAUUGUAGAUGUUAGUAACCCAUAUAAUAUAAAUAGAGUAUACGUGAGAUGGGUUUCUUUUGCCUUAGGGGUUCUAUAAUCGCAUCAUACAAGUGCUGAAUGGACAUAUAUGAAAAUUCGGUUGAGACUAUCCAGGACAAGAGGGAAUUAUCAUUGCACAUUAUGUUUCGGCCUAUAUUGUUCAUAUAGAAGAUCUUAAACAUGCUUAUUAUAUUCCACGCCGAAUUUCAUCUCUUUUGUGACUACGUCCAUGCUUGGGUUCCACUAGCUUGUUAUAGGCAUUGUCCUUGUUCUUGAAUGAUAUAAAUUACUGCUUGCGCCAUGAUCAAUUGGCAUAAAUACACGAUUAAAUUCUAAUGAUCAAAUUCUGUAGUUUCCUUCUAUUGAAGGUCAUUGAUGCGACUUAGAUACAGAGGUGAUGAAAGUAGUCGUAUCGGUUUUCUUUCUCAUUACCAUGUAUGACAUCAUGCUUGAUUCUGUCUUAAAAGAUUGCUGAGUUGAUACUGUUUAUUGCACCUUUUGAUUUUAGCUAGCAUUUCUGUUGAGUUGGCAUUCGAUAUUGAAUGUCCUGUCAAAGUGUUCACUUCGCAUUGGUGAGCGCCUCUAAUCGGGUUUUUUUUUUUUUUUUCAUUUUAGGAUUUCACGAGAGAAUAAAGAACGCAGGAGGAAGUGGGCACAGAGGAAGACACAGCGGUCAAGUAGUGCCCAGGAUGUCGAAGAAACUGAAGGACUUGAUGAAACGGAAGAUUCAGCCGGGAUGCUCCCAAGCAACAUUGUUGAGCACCUUGUCACGCGUGAGAAGUGAGUUCGUUUUGUUUCAUAUUUCCCUUGAAUUCAAGAUGUGCAUAGUGUCUGUUAAUGCAUCCUUUUAUGUUAGGGUUAGAUUUGUAGUCCUUUGCACCGUACUCGGAGUAAACUCUUUUUAUGUUCGAGAGUUCCGUGGUAUUUUGAAAUAUACCUCAUGUCUGAUAAUGCAUAUUAAUAUUCUGGCCUACAUAAUUGAUGCAGACGUCUGUAAAAAGAGACACCUCUUUCAAGUAAUGCCUAAGUCAAAUUUUAUCUUUGAUGAUAUGAGUGGCCAUACAAUCUGGCAUAUGAAUUGAACUAGGCAGUAACCUCCCGGGAAGAACAAGAAAUGAAAACGGGGAAUAGAGCCAUGAAUGAGAUUCCUACGUGAGUUUAAAGAUCAAAAAGUUGAGUUUGGUAGUUGACAUUCACUUCCAGUCUUUGUGCAAAAUGUUAAUUGGAGUCACUCGUAGGCAGAGCGUUUUGUAUUUUAAUUUUUUAUGGUAUUUCUAGCUGACUAACAUGUUGUGUUAAACAUUCAGUUCUAGCGAAGAGGGAGAAAAAAACUAUUAAUCUCUUCAUUGUUACUAAUGGAGAGGAAAAUUUGUUAGCACACCUCAAAAACACAACAGUCGUGUAAGGUAUGCCUCAAGUAGCAAACCGCUUGCCUGAAAAUCUCUGUAUUCGAGUUUUUAUCCGAGCAUAGCUUCAAGGAAUACCCCUCUUCUUCAAUAAGAGGCGUUGACAUUUAACCACAUCAGAUUGCUAGCAGGAAAAAGCUGGACAUUAGGAUUUUCAAGUACAGCAUUUUGCCAAAAAUAAAGCGUUCUGUAGAAGGACUUGGAAAUUAAAAACAAUCAAGGAAUAGAAUUACAUAGUCUCUGCAAUGUUCAAGGAAGAAGAUAUGGGAUAAGAUAACAGGGAAAGAGUACUUUCAAUAGUAUCACUUCAACAGAUAUGAAUAUGUGAGGAUACAUACAGGCCCUACUCCUCUUAAAACUCUUUCAUUGUUCUCGUGAUGUGUAUAUGAAUGUAGAGCAAGCAGUAAUGGCCGUUAUAGUCCAAAUCGAAGGUUCUCUUACUAUUGGUACAGAGGAUUCCUACAUGGCUCCGCAAUGAACGCCAACUAGGAAAGAGAAAUGGGAGUGGUAUGAAAUUUCGGCAGGCACAUUGUUGAAAUAAUGAAAAGAGGGUAGGUAGGGGAAUCCGAUCCCUUGCUGCUGAAGCCACUAGCCGCCAUAAAUUGGUGACCAUGCUGGUGAAUCCCCCUUCUUAUUUAUUUGCCCUUUUUAUGCUUUUUCCAUUACUUUCUCGUUCAAUGAAGAAGGUGAUGAUCUUGAGUGCCAGCUUCGUUUGCUAUGUUGUGGUGACUGCUGUUAUGAACAAAAAUUCAAAAUUUAUGCUACACUUCAUAUUACAAGGGAUGAUAGAUCACUUUUUCUCGAGAAAUCUCAAUGUGGAAACAUUGGAUAACAAUGUUUGAACCAAGGCACUACCUAGCCUUCUAAUCUGGUUUCAAGAAAACAGCCGGGUUGGUUCUUCUGUUACUUUGGUUGACCCGACUUCACUGAAGAGGUGGUGGCACGCCCAAAAUCAGACGCGAGACGCUUCCAAUAUGAUUCAAAUUUUGAAAGAUGAACUUGUUGGACAUGUGAUAGAUGCCCGUUUAUUAGCAUUUGGAAAUGGGUCUUUGGUUAUGUGGUUGGAUAUAUAUUCUGUGGCUAUGAUCCCUAGGUCAAGAUGUCCUUCCUCCUUUACAUUUUGCUUGGGAAUCAUGUCAGUCUACGACUGCCCUAACCUUUUCUGAGUCUUGGGUUUUCUGAACCCCGCCCUUUUAAAGCAAUAUAUACGAGAUCUUUUUGACAGAAGCUUGUAUUUGAUUUAGGUAGUUUUUCUAGUUGAUUCCCUUUGGUUAUCAACCCACUCAUUGUGAUGGCAGCACCGCAAUUUUAUUUGAACAGCAGGAAACCCCUGUGAAAGACUGCCAGAUGUUUCUCUUUCUUUUUGAUUUAUUUAUCUUUCUCGAGUUCGGUUUCGUGCUCGAGCUGCUUCCUGAUGGAUGAUAUCUCCAACCCCCAUUCUGCAAUCCGUGCAGGCAGCUUUUCUCAUCAGAUACCGAGGGAGAAACCAUCGUAGACGAACCCGUUUCAAGAAAAAAGAAGCACAAACAUUUUGGGUGCGACGCUGCCUCUUCUUCAAUCCCCAGUUACCGAUUGAGGAUCAGCAAAACCCUAAUUUUCGGUCUAAUUUCAUGGUGUCUCCUGUUCACCAGGGUACGACCUGUGAUUCUGAAGAAUGUGCGGCCUUCCCACUGCUUAAAGGACUCCAUGGAGUUUUUGAAGAAGAGAAGAUCACAGGUUCCUCGCUCUUGGGCUACUCUGAAGGACUCACAUCUGACGCUCCCUUCUAUUUCAUCACCAGGUGGCCUGCUCAGUUAGAAUUGAGACUAGUGAUUGUUGGGUAAUCAUCCCUUCCUGUUCCUGGGGUUUAAGCGAUUAUGAAUCUCUGGUGACGAGUUUUUUUUUUUUUUUUUUCCCCGGUAUGCCUUUGAAUUGGGCUAUGUCUUUUUUUCAUAAUUUUCCAGCUGUUUAUUGGAUUUAUCUUUACCUUUUGGGGUUCUUUUGAUUUCAUCACCAGGUAGCUUGCUCAGUUAGAAUUGAGACUAGUUAUUGUUGGGUGAUCAUCCCUCCCUGUUCCUGGGGUUUAAGCGAUUAUGAAUCUCUGGUGACCAGUUUUUUUUUUGUUUUAGUUUUUUUUUUCCGACAUGCCUUUGAAUUGGGCUAUGGUUUUUUUUUUUUUUCACAUUUUUCCGGCUGUUCAUCAUCACGUGGCUUACUCAGUCAGAUAGAAUUGAGACUAGUGACUUUUAGAUAAUUAUCUCUCCCUGAUCCUGUCAUUUAAGCAGUUCUGAAUCUCUGGUGACAUUUUUUUUUUCCUCGUGCUUUUUGAAUUGGGUUAUGCUUCUUUUUUUUCUCAACAAUUUCCCAACUACUUAUUGGAUUUAUUUUUUAUUUUUUUUGGGGGGGUAAUCUGCGGUAAUGAUUCAGAUUCUGAGAUGGAGUUGCGGCUGUUGUUCAUGUUGGUCAUAA